CCACCAUCAUCAUCUUCACCAUCAUCUUCAUCUUCAUCGUCACCACCAUCUAUCUUCACCAUCAUCUUCAUCUUCAUCGUCACCACCAUCUUCACCAUCAUCUUCAUCUUCAUCGUCACCACCAUCUUCACCAUCAUCUUCAUCUUCAUCGUCACCACCAUCUUCACCAUCAUCUUCAUCUUCAUCGUCACCACCAUCUUCACCAUCAUCUUCAUCUUCACCAUCACCACCGUCUUCAUCAUCAUCUUCCCCACCAUCAUCAUCAUCUUCACCUUCAUCAUCACCUUCAUCAUCACCACCAUCUUCAUCAUCAUCUUCCCCACCACCAACCUCUUCAUCACCAUCUUCACCAUCAUCUUCAUCACCAUCACCAUCUUCUUCAUCAUCUUCACCACUUCAUCUUCACCACCAUCUUCACCACCACCAUCAUCUUCACCACCACCCUCACCUUCAUCACCACCCUCUUCAUCAUCAUCUUCCCCACCAUCUCCCACAUCUUCUUCAUCACCAUCUCCACCAUCUUUAUCUUCAUCAUCCUCACCAUCCUCCCCACCUUCACCAUCUCCACCAUCCCCCCCACCAUCACCACCACCCUCACCACCA